AUGGAGCACAGACGUGUCAAAGGUAAAGGUUUAGUUAAUAGAAUUAUUAAUAAACUUCCAUUUGAAUUACAUAUACCUAGCUAUCAAUACUGUAGACCUGGUACAAAAUUAGCUAAAAGGUUAGCUCGUGGUGAUCCUGGUAUUAAUCAAUUGGAUGCAGCGUGCAAAAAACACGAUAUAGCUUACUCGAAUAAUCGUGAAAACUUAGAAGCACGUCACGAGGCUGAUAAAGUACUUGCUGAAAAAGCAUGGCAAAGAGAUCUAUACCUACAAAAGACCCUAGCCGGUUGGAUAGUAGGAGGAACAUUACUGGAAUUAUUCAACAAUUCUUCAAAAUGUAAUUUGGUUCAAAUUCAAAAAGAUAUCGAUAGAUUCUGGGAAAUCGAAGAAAUCAACAACAACAACAAACAUUUAUCUAAGGGAGAGGAAGCCUGUGAAGAACACUACAAAAAACAUGUCACUCAUAAUGCAGAGGGUAGAUAUGUCGUGGCUUUACCAUUUAAUCAAAAUAAAGAGCAGAUAGGUUCUUCGCGGAAAAUGGCUUUAAAAAGAUUAAUCGCAUCGUUACAUAUGGUAAAAAUCGAAGGCGAGCCUGAAAGUGGUUUCUUUUUACCGCAUCAUGCUGUUAUCAAAACUUCAAGUCACAUAACGAAAGUAAGAGUAGUAUUUGAUGGUUCUGCGGCAUCGAGUACCGGAGUUUCACUCAACGAUGCACUGGAAGUAAGGCCUGUAAUACAGGAUGAUCUUUUGUCAUUUGUUCUUUGGUUUCGUAUACCUAAAUAUUUAGUUACCCGAGACAUUGAAAAAAUGUUUUGGCAGGUAGUAGUAAGAGUCGACGAUCGAAAAUAUUUACGUAUAUUAUGGAGAGACAGGGAUGGAAAAAUUUCAACUUACGAAUUGACAACAGAUACAUUUGGACUCGGGCCCGCGUCAUUUCUUGCUAUAAGAUCUGUUCAUCAACCGUGUGAAGAUAUAAAACUUCAAUAUCCGAGAGCAGCUGCCAGUUUAAAAAGACGUCUGUAUGUAGAUGAUUAUAUAGACGGAGAUGACACUAUUGAAGGAGCGGUCAAACUAAGAGACGAAGUUAUUGCCCUUCUAAAAUGCGGUGGGUUCAACCUCAGACAAUGCGCCUCAAACUCACCCAAGGUACUACAAGGAUUACCUGACUGUAGUAUAAACAAACAAUUACAAGAUAAAAACGACACGACACUCAAGACUUUCGGCAUAAUGGUACUUCAAGAAAAUGCAAAGAAUAUACAACUACAUGGUUUUUGCGAUGCAAGUGAAAAGGCUUAUGGAGCUUGUAUAUACUUAAGAUCGACUGAUAUAAAUGGAAAGGUAAAAAUAGCUCUGCUCUGUGCAAAAUCAAGAGUUGCACCUAUCAAAACUAUACAAACUAUUCCGAAAUUAGAGUUAUGUGCAGCCUUAUUAUUAGUCGAUUUAUUUUCAAAAAUUAAAUCAUCUAUCGAUAUUCCAAUACAAGAGACAAUAUUUUGGACGGAUUCCAUGAUAACGCUUCAUUGGAUUCGUAAAUCUCCUCAUCUACUUAAAACAUUCGUCGCGAAUCGAGUAUCAGACAUUCAAUCAAAAACUCAUCCAGAAAAUUGGAGACAUGUACGCACGCACGACAAUCCAGCUGAUCUAUUAUCUCGGGGUAUAUCACCCGAAACUCUUGUCAAAGAAAUUAUUUGGAAAAAAGGACCCAAAUGGUUAGAAGAGAGAGAGGACAAAUGGCCUGAGCAACCGUCAGCCUUAGCUAUUGAAGCAAUUGAUAUACUUGAACAAUUUUGUAUAAUAUAA